CGACCACGUGUCGGUGCGCUGACCAAUGGCAACGCUACUAGCUAUAGCUGAACGAAGCCAUGUGAGGAUCUGUAAAAUGGCGGCGCAGUGGCGUGGAAAAGAUCAGCUUAUAAUCACCGGCAACACGGACUUUCUGACCACAAACACAUUCAAUGAGGCUGUCCUGGGUAAAGGGGAAGUCAGUGAUCUGGAAAUGGACACUCACUCCUGCCUGGACCCUUCCAUCCUGGCUAUGUUUGAAGACUCCGCCGUAGCUGCAGAGACUAGGAGCAGACUGGAUGAGGAGAGUGAGUCCACGUUGUUGACAGCUCUAACAGAGAUACUGGACAGUGUUGAYGAUGAGACCCUGUCUCCCUUUGACACCCUGCCUGACACUGGGCUYUUCUCUGACCAGAGGCUACGGGACAACUCACCGUUGAGGCGGCUGCUGAGUUUCACACGGUCUCCACCUGAUAAAGAAGCACUCUUUCGUUCCAUAAAGACCCCCUCUUCAUCUUCAUCCCCCUCUUCCUCUGUUGGAAAGGUUGAGACAGUCAUUACUGACAGACCCAGGAGGGCUAGGCUAACUCCCAGAGCCCAGGGCUCUUCCACAUCCAUACAGAGGAGCGAUGGAGAGGAGGAGGAGGGCGGCAAGGUCCACAUUCACAGUCCGCCUCGGGGCUUCAAUCUGACCAAUCAGGACUCGGGAAAACUUUUCCUUGACCAAUCAGAAGUCAGAGCGCUGAACUCUGUAGAGAAGGACCAUGGCUACUCCUCUACAGUGUCCCUGGUGGACCUGGUGAAACUCAUGCACCCCUACUGCCUSAGGGUGUGCCUGGAUGAGGAGGRGAAGGACUGGGUCGGCACAUCCAGGCAGGAGGCCUCCUCCCUGGGGGAACGGAGCGCGGACCAGAGAGUACCCCUGGAGGGCGAGGUGUGGAGGUAUACGAAGCCUGGUUCGGAAGAGAGCGAUGAGGAAAUUGAUGUGGACGGAUCAGAUGACGAGUGUCCCUCGGGAGGAGGGAUGAAGGAUGAGAAAGAGGGGGGUGGAGAACAGGGAAGUAAAGGUGAAGAAGUGAAGCAACUAAAAAGUCUACUUGUGAAGUGGGACGUGUCCCAAGAAGGCCAGAAGACCAAGAACAAAAAAAGAGUGAGCUUCGGACCCGUCCUGGUGACAUCCUACGAGCUACCAGAAACAGACGAACUUGACUUAAACGUGCUCCCGGACUUGAGCGAGCUCACCAGCCAAAUCCCCAUUUUUGACUUCAACAACGACACGAAAACAACGACCAUUUCCCUCACAACAUCCUCUCCAGAGUCUUCAGCAGCAUCUUCAAAGGACAACCAACACCCGGUUGUAACUGACAUACCUGAAAGGACCGGAGAUAAGUCGUCGUCGGAGCCUCCACCACAGCAAGGCGAGUCCAAGCCCAGACCGGCCCUCAGUCUUCAGCAGUACCGCCUGCUGCGCCAGCAGAAAAUACUACCCCUGGUGGUGAAACCUGAGAAUUACACCACCAAAUGGCCCUCUCUACCUGAAACCCCCAAGGAGUUGCCUCCUAUACCCUAUUUGCAAGGACCUAAAUAUAACGUUUUGGGACCAACGACCACACAUCAUUACAUAGGARGUAAAACAGGGGAUGAUGUCAGUGGAUUCAAGCCUAUAUCUAAGACUAGGACAAAGAUUGUCUCUCCUGCUUGUCCCAGUAAACCUGGUAAAGGCAUUGGCAUCAAUGGAUCAAAGCCUGUAAGAAGUGGGACUAAGACUUCUCCUGCCAGCUCAGCUUUAAAGCCCAAACGCAACUCAAUGGAAGCUAAAUCUGCUAAUUAUGUUGGUGUAUUAAAGCGUAUUUGGACUGAGACCAUCUCUCCUGCUAGUCCCUUACCAAGUCCCAACCUGAACUCCAACUCAGUGGCGGGUCUGGGCCAGAACAGGACGAGCCCAGAAAAGAGUGCUGUUGCUGUCAGUAGCGACCCCCCAAACCCUGUCCUGGUCCCACUACCAGGAACCCGCCCAUCUUUGGAUGGAUUUGAUAGGAGCCAUGGGACCAACCAGGAGAAGCAGGAACAAUCUCUACCUCUGUCCACCACCCAGGAGUCUCCGGCGCCCAAGCCCAAAAUGGUGUUCUGCAACCGGGAUCCAAGCCUGAAGAGCACCAGUCUCCUCCUUGAGAUCCAGCGGAGGUUCUCCACCAAACAACCAUUACGGAAAGCACUUCACACCCAAAACACUGCAGAGACCACGAAACAAGGGGAUCAGCUUCGCUCUCUCAGUCCAAGGAAAGGGGUCGAGACCGUACCAGAAGGGUCCAAGUUUUCCCCAAGUGCACCAGUAAUGGCAAGUCCGUCCUCCAGACCCUCAGUCCAUCCACCCACCCAUGCYGUUGUUGCUCCUUACCCAGAGAUGGAGAGGGCAAAGCGGGUAGCCCUUGGGAACCUCCCCCAUGUCCAACUGUCCACAUCUCCAGAGAGUAGCACCUGCAUACAGACCCCCACCUGCGGCACAGGAAUCGAAGCCACAGAUCUGACCAGCCUUCUGGAGCGGUUUGAGGAGACACAAGCCAAAGAGGAGACUGAGAGUGAACCUGACGGCAGUCCAGAUAGGAGCCCUGUUGGAGUUGAAGAGCUGAGCAGUAACACUGAAGGGAUGCUGACACUGCUGGGUGCCUAUCUCCUCAGCACCCAAGAAAAACUCUGUCUUCCAGAACCUGCUGGCUUUCCAGAACUUGUCAACACACUCAAACCCCUCAGAACUCCGGGACCCCUCAGAACUCCGGAACCCCUCAGAACUCCGGAACCCCUCAGAACUCCGGAACCCCUCAGAACUCCGGAACCCCUCAGAACUCCGGGACCCCUCAGAACUCCGGGAACCCUCAGCAACUCUCGGGACCCCCUCAGAACUCUGGAACGUUGCGAUACUCAGGAACCUCUCAGCAUCCAGAAUGUUCUCAGCACUCAGGAACAGGCCCCUGCCCAGCCGCGCUGGAAACCGCUUACCCCUGUCGCACCUCAGAGGAAGCAACCGGCGACCCCCAAACCUCUCCCUCCCAAGGCCAUCCAUCAUCAAACCCGUCCUCUAACACCCAAAAAGGCCCACCCCCUCCACCCAAAGCCCCCUGUCCACCCCUGAGUUCCAGACACCAGUAUCUGUCUCCUCGGACCACGACUACUGUCUAUCUCAGGAUCAACCAGGGAUAAUACUACUAUGCUAUGCAGCAAAAAACAAACGAUACUCCCCGACCACCAACCAAUCCCAACCCCUCCUCAGUGCCUGGCACGCAGAACUCUGGGAAAAUUUGCGCCAGCAGCAGCCAAUGGACUCCAGGACUGUUCCAGAGACGAAACUUCCCUCAGACUCUGCUCCGCCAUCUACAGAGAGCUCCCCCUCUAGGACGGACGCCAUUCAUGCAGGGGAGACACAGGAAGAGAGAACCAGCCCCUGCAUCCCUUCCCCUCCUUCACCCAGUCCCCCUGCCAGAGGUAGGAGGUCGUCCGGCGCUAUCGGACAAGGUCUUCAUGCUCAGACUCUAGCUCUAGGUCCCCUUCUUCAUCAUCAUCAUCUUCCUCAUCCUCUCCUCCUCUCGAUCCAGGUCUCGCUCUCCACACCGAAAGAGGUAGGUUCA